AUGUCUGCUACUACAGCGGCCCAAACGUUAUUGUCUAUUCCUUUAGAUUACAGGUCUCAAGUAUGGUGUCGUGCAAAUUUGCCUUAUCCACCUGCUCCUCAAUUACCAAUUCCUGCGGUAGUUGAUAUUCUUACGAAAGCAUCUCAAGCGCUUCCUCAGAUUACGUUUUCAUGGACGCUAGUCGACCAACCCAAUGAUGGAACAUUGUUUUUAGCUUGGCAAGCACCAACGUUACCUUGUCCUCCAGAUGGUAUGCAUUUUAUGAGUAAUGAACGUGUCUUUAAUAUAGAGGUAACUGGAAAGGUGCUCGAGAUCCACGAAGCGAAACAUGGCUUCUUUCCAUUAUCAGAACCUAAAACAGUUCAUUCUCGGUUUCGUUAUCGUUUGCUUGGGAUUGGGUUUGAUAAUUACUGGUUAAUUCACUAUAUACAUGCACCAGAAAACGAUUCUGUGCCAGCAAACAUUUCAAUUGCGAAACCACCGCAAAUACGGCAAUAUCCUCUUCCUGAUAUACGAACUCCUCCAUUUUUACUUAGGGAACAGAGGACACCAGCUGCAAACGUCUCAGUAGACACCCCAAUGAAUGAAGCCAGUGUAUCUUCGGCUACAUCUCAAUUACGAGCACGUUCGCGGACGCCUUCUACUGCGAAUGCUGCUGCACCUUCAGGGAAUGUUCCCCCAAAUCAAGUACCUGACCCAUCAGUAAAGACAACAAUACAGAAUGGGGUGACGCCGCCAAUUGCUCCGGAAGAUCUUGAAAUUGAAAAGGGAGACAUCAUGGACAAAUUGACACCGCAGCAAAUAUGCACUGCGCGGUUUGUUAGGAAUACGGAAUGGAUGAGCCAGAUUUUAUUGACAUUACAAGCAGCAAAAGACAUCGAGCCACCUACUGUGUUUGAUACUAAAAAGUCGUUAGAAGAAUUUUCGAAUGAAGUGAAAGAGAAAAAGGCUCAACUGGUAAAGCAAGACGAAGAAUAUCAACGCUUACAGGGAGAACUCACGUAUACAAAUACUAUUUCGGAAAAACUGAAGGAAUGCUCAAAUAUGGAUAGUUGGGAGGACUAUCAAAAAGUAGUGAGCUCUUUAAAUGAGUUUGCCCAAGCGAAAAUUGUUCCAUGGGAACGAGUACUUCACAGACCAUCUUCGACAUAA